AGACUGCAAAAACAUCACGCCCAGUUGUUGGACUUGACUGAGCACUGUUCAGUCACAGCAGCAGAGUUAACUCUGUAAAGUAAAUACACUAAGAGAUGGAGACAUUACACAGUGUCCUGGGCUUUGAGUGGAUGGACGGCAGGAGUAUUUUGAUAUUUCUGUGUGUCUUUCUGUUGUUGGCUCAUGUUUUGAAGAACAGAGCGCCGCCAAACUUUCCUCCAGGACCGUGGGCUCUUCCUUUCAUUGGCGACCUUCUUCGCAUGGAUCCCAGCAGGAUCCACCUGCAGAUGGGAGAGUUUGCAGAGAAAUAUGGAAACAUUUUCAGCCUCCAGAUCUUUGGUGGAAGAGUUGUAGUCCUGUAUGGCUACAAGCUCGUGAGAGAGGCCCUGGUCCAAAGAGGAGAGGACUACACAGAUCGCCCCUCUGUGCCACUGUUUGAAGAAAUAGUUGGGAGAAAAGGUCUGGUGAUAGCGAACGGCCCUCCAUGGAAGGAGCAGAGGAGAUUUGCUCUUCGUACACUCAGAAACUUCGGUUUGGGCAAGAAGACGCUGGAGCCAUCCAUCCAGCAGGAGUGCCAUUAUCUCACUGAGGCUUUUGCCCUUGAGCAAGGCACUGAACACAUUUCACUUUUCAACAAGCAACAGCUAAUUAGGAAGCCGUUUAACGCCCAGACACUGAUAAACAACGCUGUGUCCAACAUCAUCUGCUGCCUGGUGUUUGGAGAACGCUUUGAGUACACUGACAAGCAGCACCAGAAUAUUCUUCAGAACUUCAAUGAGUUAGUGUACUUAGAGGGAGGCGUGUGGGCACAGAUUUAUAACGCAGUACCCUGGCUGAUGAAGUGGCUGCCUGGACCUCACAAGAGGAUAUUCACUCUGACACAAAAUAUUAUUGACUAUGUAGAAGCCAAGGUCAGUGAACACAGAGGGAGCUUUGACCCGUCCUCACCAAGAGACUACAUCGACUGCUUCCUCGCUGAGAUGGAAGAGAUGAAGGACAAAGACUCUGGUUUUGAUUUGGAGAAUUUGAGUUUUUGCGCUCUGGACCUGUUUAUUGCUGGAACUGAAACCACGACCACGACUUUACACUGGGGACUGCUGUACAUGAUCUACUACCCUCACAUACAAGAGAGAGUCCAGGCUGAGAUAGAUACUGUCGUUGGUUCAUCCAAACAGCCCUCGAUGACUGACCGAGAAAACAUGCCCUAUACUGAUGCCGUCAUCCAUGAGAUCCAGAGGAUGGCCAACAUUCUUCCCCUCAAUUUGCUCCACAUGACAAACAAAGACACCACACUGGACAAGUACACACUGCCAAAGGGCACCCCUGUCCUGCCCACGCUGACCUCGGUUCUACGUGAUGAGACGAUGUGGGAAACUCCACACUCCUUCAACCCUCAACAUUUUCUGGACCAGGACGGCAAAUUUAGGAAGAGAGAGGCCUUCCUCCCCUUUUCAGCAGGUAAGCGUGUGUGUCUCGGGGAGCAGCUGGCCAGGAUGGAGUUAUUCCUCUUCUUCACCUCCCUCCUUCAGAGGUUUUCUUUCUCAGCACCUGCUGGAGAGCAGCCCAGUCUGGAUUACAAGUUAGGAGCCACUCUGUGUCCCAAACCUUACCGCCUCUGUGCCGUACCACGAUAAUCCACCGCCUGCCCCAAACUGAACCAUCACCAACACACAGAGUCCAUCCCCCAAUAACCAAAUGGAUCCCUUACAGACUCGUUGACUCAAGCCCUAAGCCCUUACAGACCUAGGACCAAUUCCACUGGGGGCAUGUGUCUAACUACAGUUAUCUUUAAUAACAAUAAUAAUAGAUAAAUGGAAACUUCUUUGUCUUUCUUUAAUAGGUUGUGUGAAUAAUGUUAGGGUGGUGGUUAUUCCUAAAUUUCUUUAUCUGUUUCAGAACAUCCCUAUCUACUUCACAUCUUCUUUUAAGACUCUAGACUCCGUCAUUAUGCCCUUUGUCUGUGCCAACAAGCCUUCUGGCAUCUCUAAGACACACCUACAGAAGCCCACAGCUGACGGCGGUCUUUGCCUUUGUGUCUUUUGACAUUAUUAUUGGACCUGUAAUGAAAGAGCGUGCGUUCUCUGGAACCACAUCCAAGGAAACACUUUUGGGCCCAGGCGGCCUGAGAUUGAGUCCUAUGAUAUGCUAUCAACCACUGCAAAGUUGAAUAUAUUCAAUGUCAUACUUGCAUUUGGCCAUGUUGUCGAGCUACUUUGCUGUCUGCUGUGGUUAUUCACUCACUCUACAGCAGGAGACGGCACUUCAGAAUAAGAGCUUGUGCUGGAAAUUAACUGUACUUCAAAAUAAAACCUUUUUUACAAACUUGA